AUAUUCAAAUCAAUUGCAUCUCUCAAGGCCGUAAUUGAUGUUGUGAUGCACAGUCAAAGUGACGAUCGAUAUUUAGUAUGUACAAUGGAUCUCUUUGAUAACAUAAAUAUAGUAAGCCAAAGACGUCUCUCCCGUCAGAACCCAGCGCCUAGAGCCCGCUUAAUCUUCGCCUUCAUUGCGCGUGAGUUGCUCUCAAUUCAUCUCUCUGCACGACAAGUACUGGCCUUCUGCCAUGUCAAGCGAUUUGAAAUGUCAUCAACGUCGUGGCAGAGUGAUAUUCCCAAGUCCGACACGUUUUCUGGGUCUACGAAGCUCGAGGUUAAAAGACUUGCGGGAGAUCAGUGUUGGGCGUGCGGUGCUCCCAAUCCCCAAGUCUGCCAUGUGUUUGGGAAAGAGGAUCCGCAGAUACAACUAAAUAUGGUACAAUGCAAUCUCAUCCACUUUGACUUAACCUCAGCCGAGAAUGGGAUCGCACUAUGUGCAGGCUUCCACGUCCAGUUUGACCAGACGGCUGACCCCGGAUUUGUUUUGUUACCUGUGGACUUGCAGUACUUUAUUGAUGUUGAGCUUGAUGAUAUUCAGGAGAAAAAGCUUGCAUUGAAGAAUGGGAAGGAUGUCGAUGUCCACCGAAGAGUCCCAACAGUUGUAGAAUACAAGGCCCACCAGCACAAUGAUGGAAAGGUCCCUGCCAACGCAAGUGGAGGAUUGUACCGACCAAAUUUUCUACAGAACUACCUAGUUGGCGGUCGCCUUCCUUCUAAUGUACUAAAUACCCUCUCAACUCCAAAACAAUGGCACGGCGCGCCGGUGGCAACACUCCGACGGGGAAUACUGGUGUUAGGGGGUGGUCGAGUACAAUCUCUGGACGCAGAAACUCGCUCACAACUUGAAUUGCUUCAAAAUUUGUACUUCCUGAAUGAUGAAGAGUACUCCCCAGCAGACUAUAGCAAGUAGAUGCAGUCAGUAGUGUAACGGGGGCAGAAGAGAUCCCUAGAUGAUGAAUAGGGUAGACCAAAUAAGUUGCCAAAGCUCAACAAUUUAGAGUAUGAGUUGGAAAAUAAGAGUGCGGAUGAAGACAUCACUUCCCGGCGAUGUCCCCCUGAUGCUAUUAACGCGCCCCCGCAGUUGGGUAUUGGGACCCGGCCUGACCGCGGAGGAGGCAGUAUUGCGCUACGCUCCCUGUUGUCUCACAAGUGAGAGAUUUAGAGUAAAUAUUUACUGUCUUUUUCCUCUACCACCCUGAGCGGUCAUUCUGAUAUACCAAACAGCAUUCCACCUGUUGAACUCAAAUGCCCACCCAUAUCGCAUACAUGCAUACUGGUUUUGUAAGUGGUCUCGAU